UUUUAAUCUUAGACAAGGAAAGAGAGAGGACGAGUAAUCCUAUGACCAAAAGUGAAGCCAAACUGACACCAGAGAUUUUGAUCAUCGACGUAUCUUUGGGGUAUUGUUAUGCAUUGAGUAUUUAAAAUAAAAACAUGAAAUGUAUUUAAAAUGAAGAAUUUGUGUACGGUAAAUGUUUUAUUAAGUUUCUCAUAUUACGUACAUAUGUUUCAAUACAUACAUAUGUUUUUAUUACGAAUUUUAGAUGAUGAUUUACUUUAUUUUUUAUGAAAUUUUAACCUUCAACGAACACCCACCACUGGCAACUCAUUGUUAUUUUUGACGUGACCGCCAUGUUUCUGGUGACAAACAAACCAAAAACUGGCUUCACUUUUGGAACGUGUGUGUUAAAUGAGUGUUACCCGUCCUCUCUUUUUUCCUUGUCUAAGGUUUUAAUGAUGCCCAGCCGCCAUGUUGACUAAAUAGUUUUGGUUUUGACGUUUUGAUGUAAAAUAAAAUCGGGUAGUAAAUUAUAAAUUCAAAAUUGAACAGUGAUCAGUGUUGAAAUCUACAGCUAACAAUCUUUUAUUUUAAUCAAUACAAUGGAAGUAAAACAAGAACAAGAUAUUUUGCCGGUAGAAGGAUGCGAGAUGAAAACAGAAUUUAUCGAUUUCCCCAAUGUUUCUUUUCACUCUUCUGUUAAAACGGAGAUUAAAGAGGACCACUAUGUGGCGGUGGCGGAUUCGCUUAACAACGAUACAAAAACCUAUUUUGUUAAUGACUCAAACCGAUUAAACAUGGACAUUUCUGUUGGUGGUAUCAAAGUAGAAGAGGAGGAGGAAGAGGAUAAGGCUGAACUAGUACAAAUUGAGAAUGUUAUGGAACUCAAACGUGAAAUUAAGCAAGAAGAAAUUACCGUUGAAGACGUUAAGGAUGAAUCACCAGAAGGAGAAGAUUCUUCAGGUUUGCUGGAGAAUAAAAUGGAAAUAAUUUGGCCAGCACUUACACCUGAUAAGGAACGUCAUCUAAGUCAGCUCACUGAAGAACUAUUGUGUGCAAUUUGUUACAAGAAGUUUUCUCAGAAGGAAGAUUUUAAACUACAUCUUCAGAGUCAUACUCGUAGUAAACUCUAUCCAUGUCAAAUUUGUUUUAAGUCGUUCACUUAUAAUUUUGAUUUGAAAGUUCAUAUGAGGUUGCACACUGAAAAAAAUCCUUAUCAGUGUGAAAUUUGUUUUAAGUCGUAUACCCAUUCAAAUACUCUAAAAAACCAUAUGAAACAACAUAAUGAUAAGAAAUCAUAUGGAUGUGAAUUUUGUUUGAAGUCGUUUUCUCAUACAACUAGUUUGAAACUACAUAGGCGAAUACACACUGGAGAGAAACCAUAUCAGUGUGACGUUUGUUUCAAGUCGUUUUCUCGUUCAUAUCAAGUUAAAAACCAUAUGAAAACGCACACUGAGAAAAAAUCUUAUCAAUGUACAAUUUGUUUAAAAUCAUGUACCAAAGCAUCUAAUUUAGAGCAACACAUGACAGUGCACAGUGAAGAUAAAUCUUUUCAAUGUGAAAUUUGUUUUAAGUCAUUCUCCCGACCAAAUUAUCUGAGAAGUCAUUUGAGAUCGCACACUGGAGUAAACUCUACAUCGGAAUUCUUAAUAAUACAUAUUAAAUGUGAAACGGCCAAUUACUGUAUGGAGGCCAACAACUGUAUCGCUUACCCUAAUAUUGAAUUCUCUCCUAUUGGAUUUCGUUAUACAGUUAAAAAUGAGAUAUCCAAGGAUUUGUUUAAGGCAGAUUUAGCUAAUACAGAUACAAAUAAUUAUUUUGUCCAUAACAACACUUUGGACAAAGAAUGCAUGGAAGCUGAUGUUGAAGACAUCAAAUUAGAAGAGGAGGAUAAGGCUGAAGAAGUAAUUGUUCAAAAUGAUAUUGUAAUAAAAGAUGAAUUUAACGAAUUCGAGCAAGUACAUGUAGAGAAUCAAUUUUUUUCUGAAGGCUGUAAGGAUGAACCAAGAGAAGGAUAUUAUUCAGGUUUUGGGGAGAGGAAUAAAAAGGAAAUAAUAAAAACUUCGCCAGAACCUACAUUUAAUAAAGAACAACAUAUGGGUCAGCUCACUGAGGAAUUGUUAUGUAAAAUUUGUCAUGAGCAAUUUUCUCUGAAGGAUGAUUUACAAACACACUACCAUAAAGUGCAUAAUAAACCCUACCCGUGCUAUAUUUGUAUUAAGACGUACUCAAAUAUGAAAAGUUUGAAGGUACAUAUGAAAUCACAUGAUGAAAUACAACCUUAUCAGUGUGAGAUUUGUUUUAAAACGUUUUCCUAUUUAUCUGCUUUAAAAAGGCAUCUGACAAUGCACAGUGAUGAAAAUCCUUAUAAAUGUGAAAUUUGUUUUAAGUCAUUUUCCCGACAAGAAACUCUGAAAAAACAUGUAAAAUCGCACACUGGAGAGAAACCUUAUCAAUGUGAAACAUGCUUGAAGUCGUUUUCCCAAUCAGCUCACCUGAGGAUACAUUUGAGAGUACAUACUGGUGAGAAGCCUUACAAAUGUGAAAUCUGUUUGAAGUCGUUUUCAGUAAGAAGUGCUUUGAAAGGACAUAUGACAACACACACUGGGGACAAACCUUAUCAAUGUGAAAUUUGUUCGAAGGCGUUUACCAGAUCAACAAAUCUACAUAUACAUAUGAGAGUGCAUACUGGUGACAAACCUGAUCGAUGUGAAAUUUGUUCGAAGUCGUUUACAGUAUUAUGUGCUUUGGAAAAACAUACGAGAGUACAUACGCAUGAAAAACCUUUUCAGUGUGAAAUUUGUUCGAAAUCGUUUACUAAAAUGGGAUCUUUGAAAAAACAUACUAGAGUGCAUACUGGUGAGCAACCUUAUCAAUGUGAAAUUUGUUUUAAGUCAUUCUCUGAAAAACAUAAUUUAAAAAGACAUACAAUAACGCACACUGAAGAUAAGCCAUAUCAAUGUAAAAUUUGUUUAAAGUCAUUUUCUCAAUCAGGUUAUUUGAAAAGACAUAAGGAAGUGCAUGCAAACGUGAAAUGA